CCGGGCACUGCCCCACCACCUUCACUGCCUCGCGCUACCGCCGCCCUUACUCACGGGGCCCCCUCCACCUUCUCCAACCAAGGCCCCUAACACUACCUCCUAUCACUUCCCUCCGCCGCCGGCCAGCGGGGACGCCGGAUCCCUACGCCGUCAGGGCUACCGCGAGCCACUGCCAUCCUCCCACAUACCAACUCCCCCAGCCAGCACCGCUCAAUCCCUGGCCACUCGCCCCUCCCCCUCAGCUGCGUGGUUGGCGACUUUGGUGACUCUCCGUCCACGGAUUCGGUCGUCCCCCGACCGCCAGACCGCAGGCAGCGAGUUCCUCAGGUUAUUUGUUCUCUAUGGCGGUAUGUGUUGUGCACUACACCCAUGUGUAUCGAGGAGAUGCAGUUUGGUUUCCAGUCCCAUGACGUGCAGUGGCGGCAGUAGCUAUGGGAGCAUAGCAGCAGAUGGCGGUGUGCAAAGGAGGUCGUUUGAUCCGUUUCUCGUGGCCUCCGAUUGCUCCGCCGCUAGCAGCUAUCUCUACAUCAUAGCUUCUGCUCCUGAAUACUGGGUCAAAUCGGGAAGACGAGGACACCCACUGCUCUGGCACCCGCAAGCUCCCGUGCAGUUUGUGCGGUGUGCCAAUGAAAUUCAGAGUCUGGCUGUGUGGUGCGGAUCAUGUGCGUGUGCAGUCUGGGCAUGGACGGAUAUCGAGAGAUGGGGAAACAACAAAAAAGGGGAUAAAGUGAACUCCGCCUCCGGGAUGCCCCCGCUCACACUGCCACUAGACCUAUUUUUACUAUCAGACUCACCGGGCCAUCGCCAACUCCCCAAGCAGUACACUUUCAUACUGUCAGCACCGGCUACAGCAACGCUCCAAUUUUUGUCGUUCACUUUUUUGUUUACAUAUUGAAGGACAUCUGUGUUAACUUCAAAAGUUGCCCACUUUGGCAAAACAGCUGA